ACGAAGGUUGCGUCCUGCGCAUGCGCUGUUCCCUCAAAGCAGAGGGAAUCGUGGCUCUGUUAGCAUCGCGAGCUAGCGGAGUGAUCGUGGGGGGGGUACCACGGCGUGGAGGAGGAAAGGCGUCCUGCGCACUGUGGGCAGAAGGAUAUCGGAGACUUCAAAUAUCCCCAGCUAAUCCUCGAGCUAACCAUUAUCCCUCCAUGCUGUUCGGGAAAGAAAGAUAACAGUCAUAACCCUGCACUGCCACCUCAAUUAGCCACCGUGCAAGACAGGAGAAAAAAAAGAAAAAGAAAGAAAGGGGAACUGCGUUCUGCGUGAAGAGUCUUCCUCUCGGGGGCAGAAUCAGUUUUCUGCUUUCAACAUUUAAAGCAAUAGCUGCAAACGUUACUUCUUUUGGGAGAGAAUGAGGCUGCCGACUAACAGACAAUGUGCGAUGGAGGGAGAUGGGAAGAAGAUGGACCAGGCUCCUCCGUUCAGAAACCCUUUUGUGCACGUCUUGAAAUUUACCCCUCUGGAAAAGGCAAAGAUUGCAUUAAUGACAGUCACACUGUUCCCCAUCCGACUACUCAUAGCUGCAUUCAUGAUGCUGCUGGCUUGGCCUUUCGCCUUCCUGGCCUCAGUAGGACGCUCAGAGACCACCAUCGAACCCCAGUGCCUCUGGAGGAGACUGGUGGACAUAAUUCUGAAGAUCAUCAUGCGGGUCAUGUGGUUUGCGGGAGGUUUCCAUUGGAUGACUGUGAAAGGGCGAAGGGCACUGCCCGCAGAAGCACCCAUUCUCACCCUGGCACCCCACUCUUCGUACUUUGAUGCCAUCCCAGUCACGAUGACAAUGGCCUCGAUUGUCAUGAAGGCAGAGAGCAAGGAUAUACCUCUCUGGGGCACGUUGAUUAAGUACAUCAGGCCAGUGUUUGUAUCACGGUCAGACCAGGACUCCAGAAAAAAAACUGUGGAAGAGAUAAGACGCAGAGCCCACUCUGGAGGGGAAUGGCCUCAGAUCAUGAUUUUUCCAGAGGGAACAUGCACCAAUAGAUCCUGCCUAAUCACCUUUAAGCCAGGAGCCUUCAUCCCAGCUGUACCAGUGCAGCCUGUGGUGUUUCGUUACCCUAAUAAACUGGACACCAUCACAUGGACUUGGCAAGGGCCUGGAGCGUUUGAAAUCUUGUGGCUGACACUCUGCCAGUUGCACAACGAGUUUGUGAUCGAGUUCCUUCCUAUCUACACGCCCUCAGAGGAGGAGAAAAGGAACCCAGCUCUCUUUGCUAUAAAUGUGAGGCGCGUCAUGGCUGAUGCCCUGGGGGUACCCAUCACAGACUAUUCAUUUGAAGACUGCCAGCUGGCCAUGGCAGAAGGCCAGCUGAGACUGCCAGUCGACACCUGUCUGCUGGAGUAUGCCAAGCUCGUCAGGAGACUGGGGCUGAAACCCAAGAACACAGAGAAGGUUCUGCAGGAGUAUGGGAACAGAGCCAGGAAGCUGGAGGGACAGAAGCUGGACUUGGACGACUUUGCUCAGUUCCUCGAUGUGCCAGUUUCAGACAUGCUGCGAGACAUGUUCGCUCUUUUUGACGAGCAUGAAGAUAACUGCAUGGAUAUCAGAGAAUACGUGAUAGCCUUAUCUGUCGUAUGCAGACCCGCCAAAACUCUGGAAACGAUGAAAUUGGCCUUCAAGAUGUUUGAGGCAGAGGAGGACGGUGCCAUCACAGAAAUGGAGUUGGCAGUUAUCCUGAAGACAGCUUUAGGAGUGACUCACCUCAGCGUGUCACGUCUGUUUACUGCCAUUGAUGCUGAAGACACAGGGAAGAUCACAUUUGACAAGUUCAGAAACUUUGUGGAGCAACACCCAGACUUUUCUGAGGACUACCUGUACACAGAAAACGCAGGCCUCCACAGCGGUCCCUGCCACCGUCACCAAACAAAGCCCAGACUGUCUUUGAACCCGCAAGGCACUGCCACCACCAAAACAGCUAACGGUAUCUGCCCCGACUUCAGCCCCAAUGACCAUGGCACAAUAGAUGGACACCUCAAGAAACACAACUAAAAGGGUUAAAAAAAAAAUGUAGUGGGAGAAUACUGACACCUCUCCUGGUGAGAGGGUCUGUGUGUGCGUGGGGGGCAGACAGUAGUUAGUUACCUUGUUUGAACAGUAAGGGACUAUAUUUCAUUAACCACAACUACAAAAAUGAAGUUUACCGUACCCCUUUUUAUUGUGUCCAUUAAAUUUCUGAGGUUAUUUUUCAGCCUGGUAACUGUUUUUGUUAUAAAUUCCUUUUUUUUUUCUUUUCAUAGCAAGGAAAAUGCCAAACAAUGGCUGUUUGAGAUACAAUGCUUGAAUACUUGAAGGGCAAGCACUUAUACAAAUUCAUGGGGCAAAUGUUUAUUUUUUUUCUCUUUGUCUCUUUUCCCUCCAACAUAGUACUAACUGUGCAUGUUUUUAACAUGAGGGAAGCCAGAAAAAAACACAAGCCCUGGACAGUGAAGUUAAAUUUUUAGUGAAAUCAGUGUUCGAUUCUCUUUUUAAUUUGUAACUUUAAUCUAUUUCCUUUCUUUAAUUGUAGCUGCCUUUUUAACUGAAAGUGCAGAAUGCAUGGGCUCAUGUUAUUUUGAGCAGUGUUGUGGAUUAUUCAUCUGAAGAAGGAGGACCUGAGGGGACCAGUGACAAUUGUGACUACCAUAGCCACAUUUGAGGUGACCUCAGGUCUCUAUGAGUUGUCAUAAUUGCUAUGAGCCUGUGUAUGUAUAUGUAUAUGUGUGUGUGUGUGUAUAUAUAUAUAUACACACACACACACACACACAAUGAUAUCUUUGAUUUAGCUCAGGGUUCAGUGACAAAAAUGAAAAAUUUAACUUGUAUGAUGUCAUCAUUUUUGACGCUCACUGGGUUAUGUGUUAUGCAUGUCUUUAUUUUCCUAGGACUUUUCUGCCCAGUCGUUCCUCAUUCACAACUUCACCAAUGUUAUUUCUUUCAGGUUAGCAAAGUCAUGAUUUUUUCUUUUUUUUUUUUUUUUUUUUUUAAAUUACACAACGUGGACCAAAAAUACAUUGGGUGAUUUAUGUCACCUUUCAUAUUUGUACUCUUAUUUUCAGUCAGUGGUGUUAAUGGCUGUAAGGGAACGGGAGGGGGAGAUUUACAAUGUGUGUGGCCAUUGAAAGCACAUUCAGUUCGGUGGUUUUGUUGCGUAUUUUGAAGGCAAGGUCAUACUACUUCCCUUUCGGCCUUACACUGCUGCAUUUUUAAUCAUUCCUGCCCAUUUCACAGCACAUCAUUCCUCAGUCUGUCUGAGAUUCCUGCUGUUUUCCAGUAAGUGUUGAAAGAUGAAAUAUUUCAACACUGGCCACUCAAUCACAUGUAAAUUUGACCUUCAUGCUAUAUUUUGGAUGUACAUGGGAGAAUACUGUGUGCUGUUUUUUUGUUUGUUUGUUUGUUUUUUAUUCACUGUUCAUGUUUUGAAAGAGAUCCAAGCACCUUUUUGCAAAUCUCAAAUCUCAUUUGAGGAACCAGGCUGGAUUUGUUUUUAUGUUUUUGUUUUAGAGUUCUAAUUGGCACAGAAAUAUUUGUCUCUGAAUGUGAUUGAAUUACACUGACAUGCAGCCUGAGGCCAUAAAAUGUGUCUGUAAUCAUAGGCCAGAUGGGCCAACGCUUUUCAAUUUGAAUUAAAAUGAAGCGAUGUAGGAAUAUUCUAGAUUGACAAAUAGUGGAUCUUAUUAGUCUUUAGUGGCCUUUUUAAAUUAUUGAUUUUAAGGAAAGAAAGUUGUAUUAAGACUAAACAAUUCUCAUUUUGUAACUUUGUUUUUAUCUGAUUUUUAAUUCAAGAAACUUUAUCGGAAAUUACAAUCAACUUUUUUAGAUGUUGACAAAAAGUUUCACACAAAAUGUUGCUUAUUUCAAUCAUUUGCCAAAAAUGAAUUGGCUUGUUAAAAUAUUGUUUUUUUUUCUGUCUGGAAUCACAAAAUAACCUAAAACUACACAUGCACACACAAAAUGAAAGUUAGAUUAUUCUGCAACUUCUCUCAAAAUGCACAGUGCUUUCCAUCAUGUCAUAUUAUAGGACAACUAAUUGUUAAAGGGAAUACCUCGGAAACACAUUGCAAUCCGUUUGUACUUUUGAUCUGUGCAUACACAGCUUGAUUCUGUCAGCAUGACUUUUUUUGUUUUUUUGUCAUUUUAGUCCAUUGUUCCAAUGAGCCUGACAUUCCCAUCAUAAUUCAUAACCAUGCAUACUGUACAUGUAUCCCGUUAUGGCUUUCAGUGAAGCAAUAUUUCACAUCAGCCUUCUCAAGAUGUAUGCUUUUGAAAAGUUCUGAUAUGUAUUUUGAAUAUUCCAAAUGCAGGACAUUUUGUGAAUUUUUGAUAUACGUAUAUGAAUGAUUUUUAUUUUCACUGCCAUGACAAAGAUCUGUGAUCUUCUCUCCUCUUCAGAUUGUAUUGAUGGUGAAAA